UCUCUAUUAUGAUGAGCUUUUUCUCUAUUAUGAUGAGCUUUUUCUUUAUUAUGAUGAGCUUUUUCUCUAUUAUGAUGAGGUUUUUCUCUAUCAUGAUGAGGUUUUUGUCUAUUAUGAUGAGCUUUUUCUUUAUUAUGAGGUUUUUCUCUAUUAUGAUGAGCUGUUAGAAGGGAAUCAUGGGAAAUUAAAAGAAUUAUCGGAAAUUAAGAGAAUUAAGAUAAACUAAAAGAAAAAAAUGGCAGAAUCAGAAAUGUUGAAAGUUCUUUGGAAAGUUGGCUUGCUUCAUGUGCGGGAAAUUUUUGAUAAAGAAAAAAUAACACCAAAUAUUGUCAGCAUGCUUUCAAAACAUGAACUGGAAUAUCUGGGAGUUUCCAUUCCAGCCCAUAUGAUGACACUGCGAAUGGAAUGCAUCAAGUACGGAGGCAUGAAACCUGUGAAAACUGAUAGUUUGGAUGGCCAUCCAAAAUAUCAUGUCGACAAAAAUGUACUGGAAUCGUUGUUGGAUUGUGACUUUAAGAUAUCGACCAUUGGAAAUCUCUUACAACUCUCGGAGAGAACAAUCUAUCGACGGAUGGCUCAUUUUGGACUACAGAAAAGAGAUUUUUCUGACAUUGAUGAAGACAACCUUGACAAUAUACUUUCCGGCAUUGUUGUAGACUUUCCUCGUUGUGGCGAACGCAUGUUGCGGGAAAUACUGAAAGGACAAGGAAUUAAAAUACAAAGAUGGAGGUUAAGAGAUGCCAUUCAUAGAAUAGACUAUGCUGGUACUCAAGAAAGAAAGACCGGUCGACUACACAGGCGGGUAUACAACGUGAUGGCACCGAACCACUUAUGGCACAUAGACAGUAAUCAUAAAUUAGUAAGAUGGAGAUUCAUUAUACUGGGUGGAGUUGAUGGGUUCAGUAGGCUGAUUAUGUUCCUGCAUUGUUGUGACAACAACACUUCCGCUACCGUAUUGAAUAGCUUUCUCUCUGGAGUGGCGAAUUUUGGUAUACCCUUAAGGGUUCGGUCAGAUAAGGGACUAGAAAAUGUAUCUGUGGCGGAUUUCAUGUUGACAAAACAUGGUGACGGCAGUAUGAUUACAGGCCCAAGCACGCACAAUCAGAGAAUAGAGAGAUUAUGGAGGGACGUUUACGAGGGUGUUUUGAGCUAUUUCUACAACUUAUUCUAUCAUUUGGAAGACCAGGGAAUUCUAGAUCCACUAAACGAACUGCAUUUAGUAGGCCUGCACUACAUUAACAUGGAUGAAAUUAACCGAAGACUUGAUAUUUGGACUCAAGCUUGAGCAAGCCAUAGAAUGAGAACAACAAAAUCAUCUCCUAUCAAUAUUUGGAUCGCCGGUCAAAUACAGAAUCUAGUUGGUACACAACUCAGUGAACGAGAUUACGUUGAUUAUGGAUUAGAGGGAAACGUUGAUGCGGCUAAUCUUACGGACGACGGAAGGCCAAUUUUUGAGCCAAUGAACAUUGCAAUUAAUGACCAACUAAUGAGAGCAGAUUUCAAUAGGACAGGUACCAACUUUGGCAUUGAUGACUUUGUGAAUUGUGUUGAAAUCCUUUCUGCACAAGCCUGGUUGAACUUUUCAAUGAUCGUUUUUGCAUACAAUAACAAGUAAUAUUUUACAUGA